AAACGAGAAUAGCAAGAGUCAGUGAGCACAUGUGAUGCAUUAGUACAGCACUUAAAAUUCUCCAGUUGCUGCGCUGGCAUCUGGCACGCGACUCAUCUGCCGAGCUGCUCUAUGGUGUCACGUGACACAAUGGAAAAAAAGUGUCCUUUAAAAUUUGCAUAUAAAAAAUCUCUAGCGCUUGCAACAGAUGUCCAGUUAAACGGAACAGAAACGCCAUGCAUUCAGCAACGUAGCGCCUUUGACCGAGUCUGCGAGGUUUGGAAAAGUUUUUCCAGACAUGCACACAGAACUCUGAGGGUACAGCAGCUCUACUAUUGGAAGCAGAUGUUUGGAUCUGGCUUCAGCGGUAUCAUGUCUUCAGCUGGAAACCCUAAUGGCUGUGAGGAAAUCCAAAUAACUGCUGGGUUGGGAAAAGACAAACUAGUGAAACCAGUGACAGCAUGAGGAGGAUCUAUAUAAAGGGAGAUGUACUUUGCUCCCUGAUUCUAUUUGUUCUGUUCUGUCUGCUGUUGUAUGCCCACCAAAGACUGAUGCCGACAUGGGGGACUUUGCACAUUGAACAGGGGUCCACCAGCUCCAGAACCCUGCUUGGAGGAGCAUCAAUGGGACAACGAACUAGGCCUGUCCCUUCUAAACCUCAAAUUGUACCCCCAUGCAAGUCUGAGGUUCAGAUUAAGCCUAAGGUCCAAGGACAAUUAAAUUCAAAAUCUGAGAGUAAAUCUAAAACACGGACUAAAGCAAAGUCUAAAUUAAAGCAAAAGGAUGAAUCUCACCAGCCCUCAACAACAUCCAGUUUGCUACCUACACAUGCUUCAUUUGACUUUGAGGAUUACCUUCGAAAGAAAGACCAGCGAGACUUCAAGCUACUAAUUGAUCAACCAGUGAAAUGUUCUGGACCAGAAGGUGCUCCCUACAUGCUGAUUGCCAUAAAAUCAGUCGCAAUGGACUUUGACAAACGACAAGUGGUUAGACGCACCUGGGGACGAGAGGGUGAAUUCCAAAAAGGAGUUAAUGUCAGGAGAGUUUUUCUUCUUGGCGUGCCCCAGAAUCAAACAGCGCUCCCACUGUGGGACAAGUUGUUGGCUUAUGAGAGCCAAACUUAUCAUGACAUCCUCCUGUGGGACUUUAAAGACACUUUCUUUAACCUGACACUAAAAGAAAUUCACUUCCUAAAAUGGGUCAAUGUUAGUUGCUCAAAAGCAAAGUUCAUAUUUAAGGGUGACGCAGAUGUGUACGUGAACAUUGAUAACAUCCUUGAGAUGCUUGAGGGUGAAGACAUUGAUAAGGAUCUUUUCAUUGGAGACAUCAUUGUCCAUGCCAAACCAAUUCGCAGACGCAACAGUAAAUACUUUAUUCCUGAGUUUAUUUAUGGCCAGGGGAUCUACCCAUCCUAUGCAGGUGGAGGGGGCUUUGUCAUGUCAGGACAUACUGCAUUGAGGCUGCACCUUGCCUGCAAAGAGGUGGAACUUUUCCCCAUUGAUGAUGUCUUUCUGGGAAUGUGUCUCCUGAGGAUUGGCCUUCAGUUGACUCGCCAUGAGGGCUUCCGCACCUUUGGGAUUGUGAGACCCUCCCCUGCACCCCACCUCCAGGUCUUUGACCCCUGCUUCUACAGAGAACUGAUGGUGGUUCACAGUUUGACAGUCCCACAGAUCUGGCUCAUGUGGAACCUCCUGCAUGAUCCUAACCUUCACUGUCAUAGCAGUCAGGGUCGCAUGAGUUUUCCCUUUGAGUGGAGAAGCAAGGUCCCCAAGACAGUUAAGACCAGGCAAAAGGGGAGCUUGGUAACCAAGAUUAUGGAAUGAAAGUGUUUGUGGAACUUGAAUCCUUCAAGUCAAAAUUACUCUAUUAUGGAAAAAAAAAAAAAAAAAAAUGAAAAAAGAAUAGAAUAGACCUAAACAAAAAACAAAAGUAUUUUAGGCAGUUUAAAAUCCCAAAUGGGAAAUUUAAAUCACAUUUGCAAAUAUCAUGAGUUGAAAAGGCUAUGCAUAAGCUCCCACAAAAUAAAUUCAUGAUAACACUUCUGCUUCUUUAGAUGGUUCUAUAAUAUCCAAGCCUUUCUAGAUUCAUAAUUUAUUGGCUCUAUCAUUCAGCUAUCCACUAUUGUUUUCAAAUGGGAUUACUCUAGACUUUGGCUGAAAGAUCAAGUAAAGGUCUUGUUAUAGGCACAGGAAGCCCAAAGGAACUGACCUCAUUCUACUUUUAUAACACAUUUUGAAUGCACAAAACGAAUAUUUUGUUAAAUAAUGUUAUUAUGCAUUCAAAGGUAUUAAGUUAUACAUUGCCAAACAUAUUUUCAACUGUAAAUGUCCUUUAUUACAGAGUUAGACAAGUGGAGCUACUCAUCAAACAGAGGACACCUUUUCUUUUGGUUGAUAAAUGUGCUGAAUUGUUUUGGAUGAUCUGCUGUCUUUUGUAUU